GAAUUUGUUUUACUGUCUAUGGAAUUUGUUAGCAGUAGUGUUUUAUUUAGUUAUGGAUGUGGUUCUGUAUGUUGUAGCUGCGGUUCUUCUGCUCGUUCUCAUAGUGUUUGCUGUGAAACUCCGCUGACGGACUGAAGCAGCUGACCGUGAGGAUCAUCAGAAUGUGGCGGUUCGAGUCGCAGCGCAUCCGCAGGCAGACGAGCGUCCAGCAGGAAUGCCUCGCGCCGCAGAAACCUGCACAGCCGAGUGAACGUCCAGCGCACGCAGCGGCCGUCAGACAACGAAGUCUUGUAAUAUGGAGGAAUUGCCUGAAUGUACAGGCCGAGCUGGAGGAGUGAGAGGAGAGGAGGAAGAUGCAGGAGCUCAGAGAUCAAGAGAGACAGAAAGAAGAGGAGAAAGAGAGACUGCAAGAACAAAAUCACUGGCCAAUAUUUGCCUUCAGUCUUUCGGUUUUGCCCUGCGAGCAUCAGCAGUGGGACUUUUAUUUUGACAGAGCCUUAGCACAGAUGCAUAGUGUUUAUUUAUUUGUGUUUCUUGAUUUCCAAACAACACUGCAAGAAGCAUACAGAAUCAAAGUAUGAAUCUGUCUGUUUUACAAAUAAUGCAUCCUGCAAUUAUUUUAGUAAAUAUUAAUGAACGAACAAACAAAAAACAGAAAUUAUGCAUGAGUUGUUUACUAUUUUGAAAUGAAGUGGUGUGAUAUUAUAAAGACAUCAGGCCAUAUUGGUGGAGCAGUAAUUUUGACCGUGUGUCAGAGCUGCUUUAUGGUUAAAUAAGUGUAAAUGUUUCCCGAAGCCGUGUGUUCCUCUCUUUCCCAGGAGGAGGAGCUGCAGCGGUCCCGGGAGGAGCAGGAGCAGAAGGAGGAGGAGGAGGAGUAUCUGCGGCUGAGGAGGAGCUCAGCGAACAGGAGUCUCGCAGCCUGCUGCAGGAGUUCAUCCAGUACGUCCAGUUUUCAGAAAUCUAAAGUGGUUUUGUUGGAGGAUUUGGCGUCACGCUUCAGCAUGCGCUCACAGGAUGCUAUUGGCAGACUACAGGACCUGAUGGAAGACGGCUCCCUGACAGGAGUGAUCGACGACUGAGGGAAGUGUAUUUUCAUCACGCCGGAGGAGCUGAACGCUGUGGCUCAGUUCAUCAAGAAGAGAGGAAGAGUCUCCAUCUCUGAACUCGUUCAAGCCAGCAACACUCUCAUAAACCUCACGCCUGAGCUCCAGAGCAGCGCUUGAACCUCACAGGCUGUGAUCUUUUCAAGGACUUGUAAAUAAAGCGGGAGGCAUUCAAUCACUUACAGUCUAUGUCGUGUAAGACCAGCGUACAGCGCUCAUUUCCUAUGAGCUGCACCCUAUAAGCAUCAUUUACUGUAGAUACAGCCGUGUCUGAUGUCUUCUCCAUCACUUUCUCAAACAGCUCGAGGCUGGUUUGUAAUACAGAGGACUUGUUUUCAGUGGCAGAGAAGGAGAUUUCAUGUCAUUAUUGUUAUACACACACUUUAAACAGAUUUCCCUCAGUCGUGCUUUGGAUAAAGUGUCUGCUAAAUGUAAAUUAUAGUAUUUUCUUCUGGUAAUAUUCAGGUCUGCAAUAUAGAAAAGUUAAAUAAACAAUUUAAUUGUACAAAUUUA